AUGGACGGAGCUUUGGCUUUAAUUCUCAUUUCUCUGGCAAUGUUUGUGGGAUGUUUCGUGCUCGGAAUAAUUCCUUUAUUAAUCAAUUUAUCAGAGCAGAAACUGCAGCUGAUUACUGUGCUGGGGGCGGGGCUUCUGUGUGGCACUGCUCUGUCAAUCAUCAUCCCAGAGGGGGUGGAGUUAGUGCAGGAGUCGUGGAAAGACUGGUAUUGCUCUACCAUAAGAGAGAGUCAGAAUAACUCUGAACUGAAUUCAACUCUUUUUCCGGCGACAGAGAAAAAUAUGCAUCCUCAUUUCUUAAUCGGUGUCUCUCUGGUCUUGGGUUUUACACUCAUGUUUGUGGUGGAUCAGAUCGCCAACUACUGCUCCAUACAUGAAUCCCGAGCGCGCAUGUCCAAUAGAAGCAGUGUUACCGCCACACUGGGUCUCCUUAUUCAUGCUGCAGCUGAUGGUGUCGCUCUGGGUGCAGCCGCAGCAUCAUCACAGGUGACUGUUCAGGUCAUCGUGUUCUUCGCUGUCAUUUUGCACAAGGCUCCAGCUGCGUUCGGUCUGGUCUCCUUCCUCAUGCACGCUGGUCUGGAGAAGACGACGAUUCAGAAGCAUUUACUGGCGUUUUCUGCUGCUGCGCCGCUGUUAGCCAUCAGCACUUAUUUCCUACUGAGUGUGACUAAUAGCUCUUCCCAAAACCGCCUCAGUGCGACAGGAAUUGGCAUGUUGUUCUCAGCCGGGACUUUCUUGUAUGUGGCUACAGUUCACGUUCUACCUGAAAUCAACAGCAGAGGGCAGCAGAGCUCCAAUCACCUUCACCAUCAUGCAGGAACUGGGGGCCACCAGCAGGGGGGUCUGGGAGUCAUAGAGAGCCUCACUCUCAUACUGGGAGCGGGACUUCCUGUGCUGUUGGCCCUCGGACUGCCAGAUGAAUAAGCCAUAAGAACAAGCCAUUUUUCUUUAAAACAAACUUGACUGGUCAUUUGGAGAAAUUUUUUUGUAUUUUAUUUUUAGUUAAAAUGCUCUCUCUCUAUGCAUAUAUAUAUAUAUAUAUGUAUAUAUAUAAUAUAUAUAUUUUUUUUUUUUUUUUUUCUUUUUUUUACAAUUUGUUAAAAAAUAUAUAUAUAUAUUGUUUGGUAAGUUUUUGUGGUUUUGCUUGAACCAAAAAUGCCCAUUUAUUUGUAGUAGGCAAGUAUUAAGAAAUCUUUAUUUUGAGACAAUGCACUGAAGACAGGAACAAUUAUACUUUGCUGUACAUUAUAUCUUGAAUAUAUGUAGAUUAAA